AUGCCGAGAAAAAAUAAAAGAUCCCAGGCACAAAAGAAGCGCUGGAAACCACUUGACCUGGUCGAUCCUGCUGUCCCAAUGCUCACUGGCCACAACCAAGAUGAGGCAGUCAGUAGUUUUCCAUCUGACCAGCAGACGGCACCAGCCGGGUUAUCUUUGGAAACACAGGAUAGACCCACCUCCUUAUGUUCCCCAGGUACCAAGCAGACAGCACCAGCCAGCUUGUCCUUGGAAACACAGAAUAGACCCACCUCCUUAUGUCCUCCAGGCAGCAAGAGUUCAGAAACUCGUCCACCAGCAAAACGAGUCUGGGCAACCGAUGAUUUCCACACGGCAUCAAAUUCUCCACCUAAAAAGCCUUUCCACAACACAAAUGAAGAACUACUGACAGAGGAGCUACAGAGCAACGCAGUUCAGCACUUCUGGCGUGUCAGUGCAACUCAUUGUCAAAGUGAUGAAAGGUACACAGAAUUCUCUCGAAAUCAUCAGUGCACAUGCAAUGCCCUCACAUUCCUGGCCUACCUUAAUGAGGAACACCAGUUCAACACAGCCCGACUUGAUAAGGUGCUUGAACAGGGAGAUGCCUGUUUCUUUCAAAAGACUCAGCACUCACAACGAACAGCCUGCACAGUCAACUCAAGCAACACCAGGAGCAACAGCUACAUCACCACAAAAUGAUGAACCACAAAUCACAAAUCCCACUGUGCAAGUGCCUCAACCAGAAUCAGCCCAAACCUACAUGACAAUGUUAGAAAGUGCUUUAAACCCGCAACAAGACAAAAUGGCUUCAAAUCAAAUUUGUGAACAUCAACAUCUGUUGAUCCAACAAGCAACAUCCAAACAGAACAACAAGAAAAUCUUGAACUCAAUAAUGAAAGAGAUGAAGUCAUAGAUAAACCCCCCCAAAAAGCAAGAAAUGUGUGCAGAUUAAAUAAACGACGACGUGGGAAAGCUAUUCGUCAAGCUCAAAGUCACAAGCAGCAUGUAAAAGCUAAAGAAAAAUCUUCAUCUGAAGACUGGGCAAAGAAGAUAAACAAAAGAAGACACGAAAAGGAACGAUAUGCCUGCUUUCCUGAAUUUCGAAUGAAAAAAUUACAGGCUGUGAAAACUCAAUAUGCUCAAAACUGUCAUCGCCAUAAACAAAAACUGUUAUCAGCCAAAGAUUAUUAUGCAAAUCCUCAUAUUCAAGAGAAGAUAAAAGCCCACAAUGUGAAGAGAUACCAAAAUGAUCCUCAUUUUCAACAAAAAAAGAGAGACUACAUUAUCAGAAGAUAUACCACAGAUGCCAGCUUUCGAACCAGACAGAAACAAUAUGUGUUCCGAAGAUACAACACGGAUGCUGACUUUCAAAGCAGACAGAAGCAAUAUCUGGUCCAAAGGUACAACACGGAUGCUGACUUUCAAAGCAGACAGAAGCAAUAUCUGGUCCAAAGGUACAACACGGAUGCUGACUUUCAAAGUAAACAGAAAAAAUACAUGAGCCAGAAAUACAGAGAGGAUGAUGUCAGAGAAAGGAAGAGGGCAUACAUAAGAACAAAAUAUGCAUCGGAUCCAAAAUACAGGCACAAACACAAAAAAUCAAUUCAUGCCAGGUAUCAUAAUGACUCACAAUUCAGACUGCACCAUAUACAGCGCUGUGCAGAGUACCAGAGACACAAAAUGGCUACCACUGCAUCUUUCGCCAUUUAUAAAAAGUUGUGUGCGCAGAGAAUAAAGAAGAAAUACAGACGACUAGUAACACAAUUCCAGCAGGGUCCACAGUCUGAAGCACAGCCCCAGCUUGUAGUGAAUAGUGUGAUGCAAGCAGCCACAUUAGCUUUCCGUGAAA